AUGAGGAGCGAUCGCUGGUGGUCGCUCACGUGCUUUCUGGUGCUGGUUGCUGUCCGAAGUGUUUUGGUGAACGCGUCGUGCCUGGAUGGACCAUAUUUACUCAACGUGGUGCUGUUGGAAGACGAUACCUCACCGUGGAGUAUGAAACGUGUGGAACCGGCCGUAAGAAAUGCAGUUGAUUACGACAACGACCUAAACGGACCUAUAGGUGCGGGCCGUAAUCUGACUGCCAAUUACUGUGGGUUUAGAACCAAUCUGUACCGACGAAAAGGCUGUGGGAGCAGUACCUGUGAAGGGGUGGAGACAGUGAACUCCCUAAGUAAAAAGCAGGAGUUAGGAUGUGCUCUGCUUGGACCAACCUGCACUUACGCAACUUUCCAGAUGGUGGAUCUGGAGGUUGGAUUGAAUCUGAAUAUGCCCAUAAUCUCCGCCGGUAGCUUUGGGUUGUCAUGCGACUUCAAGGACAACCUUACCCGCCUACUGCCCCCUGCGCGUAAAAUCUCCAACUUCUUUGUUCAUUUUUGGGCGUUCACCAACGACAACAUCAAGCCAGUAAAAUGGGAGAAGGCAUUUGUCUAUAAGAAGGCAGAGAACUCAGAGGACUGCUUCUGGUACGCCAAUGCUUUGGAGGCGGGAUCAGCCCACUUUGCUACAGUGGUUGAGAGGAACGUUCUGCGAAGCACAGAGGCCCUUCACUCCGCCUUAAAUAACACAGCAAGACACAGCAAUGUGUUUAUUCUCUGUGGCAGCCCAGAAGACAUUUUCAAUCUGACCAAGGAUGUUGAGAUAGCCCCUGAGAUUGUCUUCAUUCUGAUUGACCUUUACAACCGUGGGUAUUACUCCAACAUCACAUCCAACGCUACCAUGAGCAAUGUUCUUGUGCUGACCAUGCCCGAGAGAAAGAACACAAGUGACUUCGAACACAUUGACAACACCACGAUGGCGAAGAUAAAUGACUUUGUGGCGGCGUAUUACGACGGGGCUCUGCUGUUCAGUCACAUCAUGAGGAAGGUGUGGAAUGAGAAGCCGCACCUCUCCGGCCUGGAAUCCGUGCACAGCAACUACUUCAGGAACAUCUCCUUCGACGGAUUAUUUGACAACUACCGGCUGGAUGGCCAUGGAGACAGGGAUGUGAAUUUCUCAGUGCUGUACACAGAUAGAGACGGCCAGUUUAAACCUCUGUUUGAGUUUGACACCGCCACGAACACGUUCACAGUCAUAGACACCAAGCCAUCCUUCGUCUGGUCUGACUCCCAGCUACCCGCUGACCGUAACCCUGCUAAGGAAACAGACGAUCCACUGCAGGACCGUGACAUCAUCGUAAUCGUGUUGGGCAUCACUGUGGUGGUGGUGGCUUCCAUUGCCUUCAUCUUUUACCGACAGAACAGGAAACAGCGUAAGAUUGAUAAAGGAUGGUCCCACAUCCACCCGGACAUGAUCACUCCGAUGGAACCCAGCGAGCGAAGUCUGGUCUCCUUAAAGAUCGAUGAAGACCACAGGAAGGACAGGAGCGACCGAAUCCGGCGCGGGCGCUAUGACAAAAAGAUUGUGAUCCUGAAGGAGCUGAAGCAUUCAGAUGGCUACUUCAGCGAGAGUCAGAGAAUUGAGCUGAACGAGCUCCUGCAUAUCGACUACUACAACCUGACCAAGUUCUACGGCACGGUGAAAUUUGAGCAGGGAGUGUUUGGAGUGUUCGAGUACUGCGAAAGAGGAUCCCUUAGGUAUGUGCUGAAUGAUAAAAUCUCCUACCCAGAGGAAACCUUCAUGGACUGGGAGUUCAAGAUCUCUGUCAUGUAUGACAUUGCCAAGGGCAUGUCCUACCUCCACUCCAGCAACAUUGAAGUCCACGGCCGUCUGAAAUCCACCAACUGCGUGGUGGACAACCGCAUGGUGGUCAAAAUCACGGACUUUGGGUUCAAUACCAUCCUGUGCCCCGGGAAAGAUGUGUGGACAGCCCCGGAGCAUCUUCGCAAGGAGGGCAUCUCCCAGAAGGGCGACGUGUACAGCUUCGCCAUCAUCGCUCAGGAGAUCGUCCUGAGAAAGUGCCCGUUCUAUACAGAGCGCUGCUCCGAUCGAGCAGAGAAGAUGCACAAGGUGCAGUACCCAACCUCCAGCAUUUUCUUCAGACCCGAUCUUAACUUCACGUCUGCCGGAGAGAAACAGCUGGAGGUGUACACACUCAUUAGAAGCUGCUGGGAUGAGGACCCAGAGAAGAGGCCUGACUUCAAGAAAAUAGAGAGCUUCCUGGGAAAGAUCUUCAGCAACCUGAGCAACCAGGCCAACGAGAGCUACAUGGACAACCUGAUCCGCCGGCUGCAGAUGUACUCCCGCAACCUGGAGUACCUGGUGGAGGAGCGGACGGCGCUGUACAAGGCAGAGAGAGACAGGGCCGACCAGCUCAACUUCAUGCUGCUGCCGGGGCCCGUGGUACGCUCCCUGAAGGAGACGGGGCGUGUGGAGCCCGAGCUGUUUGACGAGGUGACCAUCUAUUUCAGCGACAUUGUGGGCUUCACCACGCUCUGCCAGUACAGCACACCUAUAGAGGUGGUGGACAUGCUCAACGACAUCUACAAGAACUUUGACAGCAUCCUUGACCACCACGACGUCUACAAGGUGGAGACGAUCGGCGAUGCCUACAUGGUGGUGUCGGGGCUGCCGCGCAGGAAUGGGAACAGGCACGCAGUGGACAUCGCCCGCAUGGCGCUGGACAUCCUGGCCUUCAUGGGCACCUUCCAGCUGCGGCACCUGCCGGGGCUGCCCGUGUGGAUCCGCAUCGGCGUGCACUCCGGUCCGUGCGCAGCGGGAGUGGUGGGGAUCAAGAUGCCACGGUACUGCCUGUUUGGAGACACGGUCAACACUGCCUCGCGUAUGGAGUCCACGGGCCUACCCCUGCGGAUCCACGUCAGUGAGCCCACUGUCAGCAUCCUCCAGAGGACGGAUUGCAAGUUUGAGUUUGAGCGGAGAGGGGAGACGUACCUGAAGGGUAAAGGCACAGAGAUUACCUACUGGUUAACAGGAGUUACAGGGGAGGAUUACAACCUGCCAACACCCCCAACAGCUGAGAACUUCCAGAGGCUGCAGCAGGACCUGGCCAAGAUGAUCCUCUCAUGUCUGGAGAAGCGCUCACAGGGCAAAGGCGGCCUGGAGAAGAGGAAGACCCUCUCCACUCGCCAGAGAAAGAGGGACAAAGACGGGGGCCUGGGGAACUUUGAGCCCGAGUACCUGCAGCUGGCCACUGUCGACAACCUCUCCACAUACCUGUAGCUGCUAUUGCAGAGGACCAACUCCAACAUCACAUACCUGUAACUACCACAGAGCACCAACCUCACCCUCACAUACCUGUAACUACCACGGAGCACCAACCUCACCCUCACAUACCUGUAACUACCACAGAGCACCAACCUCACCCUCACAUACCUGUAACUACCACAGAGCACCAACCUCACCAUCACAUACCUGUAACUACCAGAGCACCAACCUCCACCAUCACAUACCUGUAACUACCACAGACCACCAACCUCACCAUCACAUACCUGUAACUACCACAGAGCACCAACCUCCACCAUCACAUACCUGUAACUACCACAGAGCACCAACCUCCACCAUCACAUACCUGUAGCUGCUACUUCAGAGCACCAACCUUACCAUCACAUACCUGUAGCCAAGGCAAAGCACCAACCUCAUCACUACCUACUUGUAGCUAAAACAAAAUACCAACCUCACCACCUCAUGUAGCUACUACCACAAAGCAUCAUCUUCACUAUCACAUACCUACUAGCUACUACUGCAGAGUACCAACAUCACCAUCACAUACCUGUCGUUCCCCAUAAACCACAAGUCUCACCACAUACCUGUAGC